AUGGAUGCAUCAGUGGUCUACGAUAACUUAAACCAAGCCAAUACCCAAGAGUCUAAGCAGGCAUCCCCUCCAGCUCCUCCCCCAGACUGCUGCUGGUACCCACGCAGGCAUCGGUUGGCUUUGAUACUCGGCUGUUUUUGGCUGAUCCUUCUUGUACUGAUUGUGAUUAGACUCGGUGUCUUAGUACAAAAAUCACCAAUAGGAAAAGUCAUUCAAGAGAACAAGACGAAAACAACAGUAGGAAAAUGCAAUGUGAACGUUUCAGAGAGCAGUACGAAAGCAACAGAGAGUUCAGUCCAACUAACGUGCUCCAACGACUGGCGGCCACACCGAGAGAAAUGCAUACAGUUUUCCCAGGAGAACGGUGUUUGGAAGGAAGGUCUAUCUAACUGCACUAGAAAAGGAGCCACUUUGCUGCUUAUUCAAGACCAAGAAGAACUGAUAUUCGUAAAGGGCUUGAUAAAGGAAAGAGGACAUUUAUUUUGGAUUGGACUAAAUUACUCAUUGCCAAACAAGACCUGGAGAUGGAUAAACGGCUCCACUUUAAGUUCUGAUGUAUUGAACAUCACCGGUGAUGCUAAACUGAACAGCUGUGUCGCCAUCUCAAAGGAUAAAGUGGUUUCUGAAAGCUGUGCUUCAGACAACAUGUGGAUCUGCCAGAAUGAACCAAAACGUCUCUGAAACCAGGUGUAAUGACUCCUGACUGCGAAUCCCGUCUCCAUUACUUUACCAUACAGAUCUCUGCACUCACUCUGUCUAGGCU